AUGUAUCGUAGUGACCAUUGCCAUUAUAGAUACACGAGCAUGUCGCGUUCUAGCCGUCCCUUUCUCAUGGCUCUACUCCGACAACAUGCUGCAGAACCUUCAACAUGAUAAGGGCUAUGAAUGCGUCACCUUUUGAAGUUCGACUAAGAUCUGUCCGUGAUCACGAUUCCGAAUCUCCAUGAACAACUCACGCGAACCCCACUGCACGGUAUGCCUGGCACGCGAUCUCGGCAAGGAUGUGAGGAGUGCCGAAGGCGGAGGAGGAAGUGCGAUGAGCAGAAGCCCUGUUGCGGGCAGUGUUCGACCUUCAACCGGAUGUGUAAAUACACGUUGAGGUUGGUAUGGGGUCGUGGCCCAGGUCGUAAAACGUCUUUGGUUAGCCAAGUUGGAUCCGGUGCAACCCAAGCCGAUCACGCGAUAGACCGACAGAACGAGACCUUAGUGCACCGGAACCUGAACAGUACCGUGCCGGCGGAACCUCUCGAGCCAUCGACAUCCCUCCUCCCGCGACACCUUCCUAAUGGUAUACCGCUCUCGCCAAGGUACCAGAGGCUCCUGAGCUACUUUGCAGGGGAUAUCCUCGCCUCCCUGUCCUGCCAUCCGUCGAUUCACGAAGACCUCCGGCAGGGGCUGGUUCCCGUGACUCUCGAUUCGCCUCAGCUUAUGUCGGCCUGCCUUGCAUUGUCAGCCGCAGGGUUUCUGUCCAGAGGCGUUGUCUCCGUGGACGGCGUGGAGACUCCCAAGCUACUAGGGCAUUUGCAGUCAUCAGGUUUGGCGCUUUUGCGAGGUGCCUUGGGAACGGGCCAAAUGAACGAGACACUGCUGGCAACGUGUCUCAUCUGGUGUCUUACCGAUGUCUUCACCUACCGGCAGGGCACGUCUUCCUGGCGGAUUCAUCUCCAAGGCAUUCGAGCCCUUUUGGAUGGCGACGGCGCCCACCGCGACUUCACAACCCGAUCCGGCCCUCUACAAUCGGCGAUGAGGCAUCUGUAUCAACUGUAUCUGUCUCUGCGAACCCUCCCAUACAUUCCCGCUUGCGAGGUCCCCGAGACCUCAACACCGAUGGUACGUACUACAGAGACAGCAGAGUCCAAGCUGAAGUCCACGCCCAGUCCUGCGAUCGACGGGUUCCUCGGCUACAGCGACGAACUGUUGGAUAUCAUCCAUCAAAUCGACCAACUGUCACAACGUAAUACGGAACAGUCGUCCUUCGAAGCCGACAUUCUUCUCGGCAAAGUCAAGGCAAUGAUCAGGCGCGACAACAAGGCCCCACCGGCCAUAUCGAUCUGCUCCCCCUUGUCACCCGAGUACGGUCGCGAGUUCACGCUCUGCCACCAGGUAUUCCAACAAACCACCUUAAUCUACCUGUACAGGCGGCUUUACCACCUUCCAUCCGGGUCACCGCCCAUACAAUCUGCGGUACGCGCCAUGGAAGAAAUGGUCAGCAAUAUGAGCCAGAGGCAGCCAUGCCACACCUGGGUCGCGAUGGCGAUGCCUCUGUUCACGCUCGGCUGCGAGGCCUUCACCGAGGAGCAAAGGACCUUCGCCCUAGACAAAAUCAACAAACUGGAGCAGUGCAUCCGCUCGCUCCAUGUCAGGAUCAUUCGCCAAGCACUGCAGCACAUAUGGGAUCUCAGGGCAAGCCUGGGCGAUUUCACCGGUGAGCUCUGCGCGAGCCAGCUGCUAGGUUUGUCGUCUGUUUUAGCACUAAUACGUGUAGCCGGCGCUGACGUUGAGUUGAUACAGAGAAAUUGGACUACAAUGUAAUUCUCUUCUAGAGCCUCUCGACUACGAGUACUAGGCCCAAUCGUCAUGGGAUACCAAUGCAAUGCCAAAACCCGGCUACGGAUAUCGUGAACCUCGU